AGUGACACUUGAAUCUAAAACCUCCACAGAAUCCAUCCGACCCGUGGAUGAGAGUCGGAGGAAGAAAACACGUUCCAGUUUGGGGAAAGAGGGGACCGCAGAGAGCUUUGCGCGGACAGUUUUCCUCCCUUGUUGAUAUUUCUUUUUUCUUUUUCUUUUUUUUCUUUUUGAGCAGCGCGCAGAGACUGACAUGUCAACGGGAGUAAAGACGUGACUGUAGCGCGGCUCGGACCCUGCAGCGCCAGCGCGGCGGUUCAGUGAAAAAUAAGAGGAAAGGAUGAAAUCCAGGAGUCAGGAUCAGAGUCUCUCUGACUCCAGAGAGCUGGACAGAUCCUUCGAUCCGCUCACAGGUAACCCUCUCACCAAACCCAACAAAAAGACAAUUAAGCAGCGCUUCCUCAAACUGCUGCCCUGCUACCACUCUGGCUCCAGCCCUUCAAUUACUCAAAGAAGUAUAACUGAAGAGGGGGAGCCGUCCACAGCGUGUUACAGACCUGAGGGACUUGACAGUCUGGUCCAGCAGACUAAUUUCAGCAAAAAGGAGCUGCAGGUUCUUUACCGGGGAUUCAAAAAUGAGUGUCCCAGUGGCGUUGUGAACGAGGAUACGUUUAAAAGUAUCUACUCCCACUUCUUCCCACAGGGAGAUUCAAGUAUGUACGCACAUUUCCUGUUUGAAGCCUUUGACACCCACAACAAUGGACUGGUUAGCUUUGAAGACUUUGCGGUAAGUUUGUCCAUCAUUUUAAGAGGAUCCAUCACUGACAAACUGAACUGGGCCUUCAAUAUGUAUGACCUGAACAAGGACGGCUGCAUCACCAGAGAAGAGAUGACAGACAUAAUGCACUCUAUCUACAACAUGAUGGGGAAGCAUACUUACCCCAGCAUGAGGGACAGCGCUCCAAAGGAACAUGUUGACAGCUUCUUCCAGAAAAUGGACAAGAAUAAAGAUGGAGUGGUCACCAUUGAGGAAUUCUUGGAGACAUGCCAAAAGGAUGAAAACAUCAUGCACUCCAUGCACUUGUUUGACAAUAUCAUCUGAAUGCUGAUGGAUGGCAGAUGAGAAAAACUCUACCAUUGCUUGGAGCUCUGCUGAGGUUUCUGUUCCUGCAACAAUACGAGGAAGGGGGGAAAUCCACUCCACCUCCUAGAAACUAAAGACACUGAGCAGAAUGAGCCAAAUGUUAUGUCUCAAAUGUGAGAAGGUAGGAUUAGCUAACAAACAUUUUGUUCGGCUGUAUGAAGAGGAUGACGUGUAACGUGUAAAUACCUCUGCUAAAGUAACAUAAAGAAAAUCCCAGAUAUAAUCGAGACGCAGCAAUAGUUGCUAUAUUUUAAUGCAUGGAAUAGAUGAGAGCGUUUUUCUGUUUGCACAUCAAUCUACAUUAGAGACACAACCUGAAUGAACAGAAACACUCUCAAACAAUGAAGUUGCGCUCAAACUGUAAGGUUUGAAAACUUUCUGAAAUCACUGUCCAAACCUGUAACUUGAGAUGGGAUAAAAGCAUGAAAUGAAGCCAUUGUGUCUGCAUGAUGUAUGUAUUUCUUUUUAACCAGCCAUUGAAGUAUUCACUGGGGAUGCAAGCAAUUAUUCAACUUACGAUUAAUGGCUUAUUAGAUUAAAAUUUGUUGUAACGUUCACUUUGACCUUUUUCUAGUGUUAUAGUUUGGCCGCCAUCCAGCGGAGUUACAGAAACAAAGAUGGCGGGUAGAUACCAGAACCAGAAAGAAAAACGGUCCAAACAGAGUCUGUUGUGGGAUGCAAAACA